AUGUCAUUCCGAAUUCCCGAACCAUCUAUCUGCAUUCUUGUCAUAGGCUUGGCUAUUUGCAAUUUCUCAUAUGCUAUUUGUUCUGGUCUAGCUGGAGCUGCUUGUGAAAUCUCGAGCUCCGGAAAAAUGAAUCUAUUUCCAAGGAAACUAAGCUUUCAAAGCACACAUCUCGUUGCAAGAGGAAGUGGUUAUAAGAAAAAGAAACAAAGGUUACAUGUUGGUACCGCGUGUCUCGGAGUAUUCAGCCUCAGCCGCAUUUGGACUUUCCAAAGCGCGGCAUUAGAACUUCUCAACCUCCAAAUAUUCAAGCGAGAUCUUAAGUACAGACAUCCCAAAAAUAAUGAGGUUUAUGUGAAAUACCUACACCCGGAAUUGGCAUCCGAAGUCGGAAUCGGAAAAGUCAAAUCACCCACUCGUUUCUAG